AUGGACGCGGUUACAGAGGCCCACAACAAGCCAAGUGUGGCUGGAAAUGUUGCUGAGAGUGCUCGGCCUGCUCAACUCGACCAUGAUGAUGACUUGGAGAUGGCAAAGUCAACGGUGAUUGUCACCGAUUCCACCGUAACCAGUGGCACGGCUCGGGCAGAGGCAAUGCAACUUGUCUGGGGUAAGAACGGAAGGUUAAUAGUAUGGCUCGGUAUCUGCAUUAUGCUGAUAGUCUAUCAAUUCGACCACGCCCUGCUCUACAAUUAUCGCAACUACGCGACUUCCGAGUUCAACGAUGUCGCCGGUCUGAGUACGCUGGCGGUGGCCGGUAACAUCGUCUUCGCCGUCGCCAAACCACCCAUUGCUAAGAUCUCCAACGUCGUGGGUCGUGCAGAAGCAUAUUCAUUCUGCAUCGGAAACUACCUACUAGGAUACAUCCUCUGCGCCAGUGCGAACAGCUUCGGAGUCUAUGCUGGAGGAUUCAUCUUCGCAAACCUAGGCAUGACGGGAGCCAACAUACUCAACGAUAUUAUCAUCGCCGACAUCACCAGCAUGAGGUCAAGGGCUUUUGCUAUCGGUAUCAGCUUCUUCCCAUUCUUGAUCACGCCUUGGGUAUCUGGGUUCAUCGUCCAAGACGUCGUCGGACCAGGUGGCAUUGGCUGGAGAUGGGGAAUCGGCAUGUUUGCGAUCAUCAUGCCAUUCUCUGCAGCUGCAUUGAUAGCACCAUUGCUGUACUACCAGCGCAGGGCUAAGAAGUUGAGUGUCGUUCUGACCCGAACUAUCACAAUACGCGACUUCUGCUCCCAAAUUGACCUGGGCGGAACUUUUCUGCUGACUGCCGGAUUCGCCAUGUUCUUGAUCCCAUUCAGCCUCGCUGGCUUGACACCCAGCAGGUGGAAUACCAGCUAUAUUAUCGCCCUGAUUGUCAUUGGCGCCGUCACUCUUGUUGGAUUGGUGGUAUACGAGAUCUACGUCGCCGCGCAUCCGAUUCUCCCCGCUCGAUAUUUCCGCAACCUUUCCAUUGUCAUCUGCUGUUCCCUCGGGUUUCUUGAUACGCUAGGCUUUGAGGCGACUCAUACCUACUUGUACCCCUGGGCCACAAUCGUUCACAACAUGGGCCCACGGGACGCGACCUUCUUGAACUAUACCAACGGCGUCUGGCAGUGCCUUGUCGGUAUUGUCGCCGGAGCGAUAAUGUACAAGACCAGACGCUACAAGUGGCUCAUGGUGGUUGGCACGGCGAUCAAGUUGCUCGGGUUUGGCUUGAUGAUACGGUUGAGAGGUGCUAACAAUUCCUUGGCCGAGUUGUUGAUCGUUCAAUCAAUACAAGGAUGGGGCUCGGGGAUAAUCGAGAUAGCCAUCAUCGUCGGAGCCCAGGUUGUUGUUCCUCAUGCCGAAAUGGCACAGGUUACUGCGCUUGUCUUGCUAUGCGUCUUUGUCGGAGCAGCCAUAGGCGAUUCUGUUGCCGGAGGAAUAUACAGCGACUCGUUCAAAAGCGCUCUGCGACAUCAUCUUGGAUCCGGGGCGUCAGACACGGUCGUCGACGCCGUGUUCCAGUCCAUCACCAGCACCGACAUACCUGCAGAGGGAACCCCACAGCGCAAGGCCGUGGAUCUUGCGUACUCGGAUGUGAUGCGCAACAUCACCUACGUGGCCGUGGGCACUUCGGCACUUUGUCUCUUGAUAUCUUUCUACCUGCCUGAUCUGCUGCUCAAAGAUGGUCAGAGUCUGGUACCCGGUGGUGAUGUCAGCAGGACUUCUGGACACGACGACGCUGGGGACGGAAACACUGAUGAAGCAGCCACAGGUGUUGAGAUGGAGACUGGCAAGAUCUGAACGAGG